AUGCCGGAGCAAAACCCGAUGCAACCCACCGCGGGGUCGUCCUCCCCCACGGUCUCGAAGUCCACAAUCCUCAUGUCGGGCCUCCUCGUCGACGUCUACGGCCUCGAGGAGCUCGCACCGCUCCGCCCAACCGCCGUCUCCGUCCUCUGGCUCUACCACGGCCGCGGUCGCGCCAAGGAGGACAUGGGCGCCUUCGCCUCGCGCAUCGUCUCACAGCACAACGCCGCCGCCACCUUUUCUCCGGCAACGAAACGCGGCCUCAUCGCUGUGGCGUUCGACCAGCGCAACCACGGCUCACGUCUCGUCUCGGACAAGGCCAACGAGUCCUGGCGCGGCGGCAACGAGAGGCACGCCGUGGACAUGUACGCCAUGGUCGCGGGCAUGGUCAGCGACACGAGCGGGCUGAUGGACGUCGUCGAGGGGUAUCUCAAGAGCGAGCUCGGCGGCGGGGCCGGGGCCGGGGAGUGGAGGGUCGAUCAGCACGUCGCGCUCGGGAGGUCCAAGCUGGCGACCUUCUCCGCUGAGGACGCCGGGGCCUCGUUCCUGGGCAGCAGGGACUUCCCACCGGACCUGGUCGCGGCGUGUCUGCGGCAUGACCCGAAGGGCAUCCUCUUCGGGACCGGGCCCGUGCCGACCUCCGCCGUCGCCGAGGCCGCUGAGCAGCAGCGCCUGCGGGGCCUGCUGGACGCCCGUGUGAGGGGGAAGAAGUUCCUCGUCUGCUCGGGCGGGGACGACAAGCUGGUGCCGUACUCCAUGGCGAAGCCGUUUGUGGACUUCUUCCAGGAGGCGACGAGGACGUGGUACGCGGACGGGGGCGUCGUUUUUGAGAAUAUUGUGUACGAGGGCGUGGGGCACGCGUUCAGCGAGGGCAUGAUUGAGCACUCGUGUCGGUUUUUGCUGGAUGUCGUCAAUGGGGCAGCCGAGAAGGGGGCAGAGAGCAGGUCAAAGAUUUGA